CAUUGUUAUCGAGAAGUUGAAUGUUUUUGGAAAACAACUUGUGUAUAUCAAUAUUCAUUUUUUGUCGUUCAGUUCCUCGUGUUACGAUAUUUUUUGAAGCGAGGUUUCUUCGUCCACUUUUAAAUCAUAACUGCCAGCUAAAUAGUGACUAUAUCGUGUUUCCAAGUGUUCUUGUUUAAAAGUGUUUUUCGUCCAAAUUGUACGAUGCAUUUUAGUAAACACGGGUCGACUUUUGGGACAGCUUUUUAUUCAGUGAGAGGCAUUUGAGAUUUGAACGGUGAUAAGUGCGAAAAAAAAACAGUCAAACUGUUUAAAACGGCUUCAGAAAUGGUAAAAAGAUCGGAUGGCACGGAUUCUCCUGUAAUAGAGGAUGGUGCCCAUUCAGAAAAGCCGAAGCAACAAGUCAAAUAUGGAGAACUAGUCAUUUUAGGUUAUAAUGGGUUUUUACCUCAAGGUGAUAGAGGCAGACGUCGUAGUAAAUUUGUAUUAUACAAGAGACCUGUAGCAACCGGCGUGAAGAAAUCGCGGCAUUAUGUUGUCAAAACGCCUCAUUCGUCCCAAGCGAUUCUUGAUACGACGCAGCAUUCUAUAUCGUAUACACUCAGUAGAAAUCACGCUGUCAUAGUCGAAUAUAUGAACGAUGAAGACACGGAUAUGUUUCAAAUAGGUAGGUCAUCAGAAUCAGCUAUAGAUUUCGUUGUAAUGGACACAAUUCCUGGCGAUAAAACUGGAGAGGUUAAAGUAAAUCAGAGUACAAUAUCGAGAUUUGCAUGUCGAAUCUUGUGCGAACGAAACAACCCCAAAAUAGCUAGAAUAUAUGCGGCCGGUUUCGAUACAUCUAGAAAUAUUUUUUUAGGGGAGAAGGCGUGUAAAUGGCAAGAAAACGGUAGGGAAAUUGAUGGUCAAACAACAAAUGGCGUUUUAGUAAUGCAUCCAAAGGGUGGCUUUUGUGGAGGAGAUGCGAAAUGUGGUGUGUGGCUGGAAACGUCAGUUGGAGGUGGUGUUUUUACCAGAAGAGAGUCAAGAUCAGCUCAACAAAGGGGCCAAGUGGUUGAGGAUGAAACCAAUAUCCUUCAAGAUGGAACUUUAAUUGAUUUAUGCGGAGCUACCCUACUGUGGCGGUCUGCGGAGGGCUUAGAAAAAACACCAAGUAAACACGACCUUGAACGAGUGAUAGACGAAAUAAAUGCUGGGCGACCCCAGUGUCCGGUUGGCUUGAAUACCUUAGUAAUACCCAGGCGAGUUUCUCCAAAUGAAAAUCAACAGCAACCUUACGUCUACCUUAAUUGCGGCCAUGUUCAGGGACUGCAUGAUUGGGGCCAAGAUCGAGAUUCUGGAGCAAGAAAGUGUCCCAUUUGUUUGGAGCUGGGCCCAGUUGUUAAAGUGUUCAUGGGGUUAGAGCCAGCAUUUUAUGUUGAUUCAGGAUUACCAACAUUUGCGUUUAAUCCUUGCGGACAUAUGGCCACAGAGAAGACUGUAAAGUAUUGGGCAAAUGUGGUUAUCCCGCACGGAACAAAUGGAUUCCAGGCGGUGUGUCCCUUCUGUGCUUCGCCUUUAUCUGGUUCACCAGGUUACGUACGACUUAUAUUUCAAGACAACGUGGAUUAAAGAGAGUGAAUCAAUGUUUGUCUUUGCUAUAAUGUUGUACAAACAACUAAAUCUAAGGAGGAAGUUUAUACAUAGUUGUGAAUAAGCCCUUUAUAGGUUAUAGUUUACCAAAGCUUUAUUUAUGAUGCAUAACAUGAUUAUUUUUGGCACAUUAUUUAAUUAAAUUUAUCCUUGGGUGCGAUUUAUCGUCAGAUAUUUUUUUCCUUCCUCUUUAUUUUACUGUUUUUAUCAGACCCUAUUGAAGUUGUCUUUUCUGCAGCCUUCAACGAUAAAAUUAAACUAUUACAUGUUAGAGGAAAGUGGUGAAUUUAGAAUUAAUUUUUGUAUAAAAUUCGUAGCAAUUCCUGGAGAUAACAUUUACCAAAUAAAAGUUUUUGUAAGGGUCAUGAUUGAUGAGAGUCAGGAAUCCGCUUAACACUGGCUAUUAAAUGAAUGUAAAUAGAGAAAAUAUUGGUAAUAUAUUUGUGUGAUUGAAAGAAAGGUUCGUUUACUAAAUGUUUCAAAGAAUUGGUCCCUAUUGAUUGAUAUCAAGUUUGUUCGAAAGACGUAAUUUUUUUAUUGCUUCAAUUUGUGAAAAAUACUUUGAAGGGAAAUACUUUGUUUGUUGGUAAGGUUCGCGUGUACCUAUGUUUAUUUUAGUGAUCUGUAAUAUAAUAAUUUUAAUUUAGGCCACUUACAAAUGCACCACUUGUGAGCGCUGGACUCACCACAAACCGAAUCUACAUGGUAUUAGCAACUUUUUAUCUGGACCAUACAUAAUCUCCAGAAAAGCAUUCAUUCACUGACUCUAGAUGAAAGUGUUUUUUCAUUCUAUUCCGAGUCAUCACUAGGUCUUGAAACAUUAUUUAGAUAUUGCUAUUUUUUAUAACAAAUUGAAAAUCAUCCCAACUAUUGGGGAUAUGCAUUCGAAUUUAUAUUCCAACAGAACCACAGAAACCGAAAUUUGUGAGUUGCUUAUUAUAUAAAUGUAUGCAGUGUCUAACUUGGAAUAAAUUCAGUAAAUCAAAGGAAGCUGUUUUUCAAAAAUAGGCUUUGACACAUUGAUUAGGAUUAGAAAUUGCGCUUUUUUUGAUGUAAGAAUUUUUUAAUGUCCCUAAUGUGAUAUGACUUCAUCAGCUAUUUUUUUAAACAAAACGGAAACCGAAUUAAUUUUUAUAAAUAUUAUAUCAUAUCUAUUGGAUUUAUUCAAAAACGACAAGCUUUUGUCUGUGUCUUCAAGAUGAUUUCAAGAAUAAAAACAAACAAACAAAUAAAUAAAUCUGAUUCAGCUCAAUUCAAUUUUUAUGCACUUUAAAAUUGGAAUGGCGAAAGGUACUGGUUUUCAUUUUCUGAGCAACAAGAGUAUUAAUGGGUCCACUGGAGAGCACAAUGUGAAGUUAUUCAUUUAUCUACUAGUCAGAAAUCUUUUAAGCAUCUUGUUUUUCGAUUAGAUAUUUUUUUAAUAUGUUUUAAAUGACAAGGAGUAAAAUUUCUAAAUUUGAGACAAUAUUUUUGUCUGUCUCUGGUCUUUGCUAAUUCUUGGCCACUGUGGCGAGUGAUUCCAUUUCGAAACUGUGACUAAUACCGACUACAGAGAAACAGAGUCAAAAACCGAGCUUAUUUGUCGCACAGUGGUACAAGUGACUAUGUUUGCGAGGGGCCUAAACUGUUUUUAGUAUUAACGCAAUGAGGCUUGCAAGAAAUUUUAUACAAAUGAAAUAUUUGGUAAAAAAGUGAAAGUCAUUAAGUUAAAAAUUUAGCCGAAAAAAAAGAAAUGAACAUAUGAAAUAUGUCGCAGUAAGCUUGUGAAAUGUUGGCUUGUCAAAUAUUAUUUGAUAUAUUUUUUUAACAUUGCAUUUUUAGUUCACACUGCGAAUAGGGCCGUUUUAUUUUCCAUGCUAACAAACAACGAAAGCUUGAAUGGCUCAAAAAAUUUAAUACAUACCAAUAAGCAAAACAUUUCUUGUGCAUUCGGUAGGGGGGCGGGGGCUCAUUUAUUUUUUGUCUGACUAAACACGAAAUUUAAAGUUUAGCUGCAAAUUGUGUGAAUUGUUAAGACUGGUUAGUAUUUAGUGUAAUAUAAGAUUGUUAAGAUAACACAUUGUUAAUCGAAAAUUUGUAACUGUGUUUCAUUGUUAAGGAAAUAAUUGAUAACAUUUUAUUUUUUACUUUACUUAUAUCGAAGAAUACAUAGGCUAAAUCACAAUUUUUUAUUUUAUUUCAUUUGCUUGAAAUGUUGACUCAAUUUAAAACCUCCACAUUAUUAAUAAAAAUAACAGUUAUUUGUGAUAUAGAAGGCUGCCUGAAAACAACUAGAUAGUAAUGGUAGUUUAUAGCAGCAGUUUCGGACAAUAUGAAAUAAAAUAGCUAUAGGUGGAGACAUCCACAUAUUUAUAGCUAAACUAAGCCUGUAAGUAUAUCCACAUUAUCCAAAGUUAAUCUACCUGCAGUAGUUGUAAGAAGUCCCAUAUCCCAUUAAAUCUUCAAAAAAGGUUAUGCAAUAGUAAGCUUGUUGAGUUAGGAAGUUUUCACUGUACUUGAUCAUAUCAAAUAAUACCAAAUAACAAAGAAAAUUACUUAUAGUUGAAUAUGGCGCUGACCUCACUAAGUUUGCUGUAACUCAUUGUUAUUGAAAUUAGUAGACCUGGGUGGCCCAGGAUGGUAUAUUAGAUUCUAGAUACCUUUGGUUUAUUUGUAAAAUUAUGAAAUUACCUAACUGACCACUUAGCUCAUGGAGUUUUAUUUGGUAAGUGGACCCCUUACAACAAUUGGACUACUUUUGUCACUAUGAAACAAGUCUUAUCAAAAAGCAGGGGGUAGAAACGAUUUAUAUAUCAAAAACUCGUACUGCUGCAAAAGUAAUGUUGAAAUUAUGGACGCGUGAUAAGCAACAACAGUAUAUGACUUGUUUAAAGGGAGCAAGUUUGUUGCACAAGCGUAUUAAAGGCCUGGGAAAGUCAGUCGAUGAGAAUGACUUCCUUUUUAGACCAGGUACUCGGAUAUUUGUUUGAGCUUUGAUUCUUACAGGAACAACCUCCGAAACUUAAUAUUUGAAAAAUAGCUGUUGAUAGAUACCAAUAUUAAUACUAUUAUUAAUCAAUUUUUUUUUCUUUCGAAAGAGCUGCUUGGCUGGUUCACAUGGCCUUGAAGUUUACAAACGCAAAUACAAUGAAAUCGGCAGUGUUAGUAUAUACCAAUUUGAAAUCAUAACCAUACCCAAUAAACGGUUAAUUUUAGUUAGAUAUACUUUCUUCAUGAAAUUUUAACUGAAUUUUAAAGCAGAAAAUUGUGAUUUCUGACCAAUGACAAAAAUAGGACAUAAAUAUUUUUCAAACUUCAAUUGAAUCAAAAUGGAAAGAAAUAUUUACAAGUAGAAUAAAAAGUAUUAUAAUUUAUGUUACUAUUUAAAAUAGCAAUUGCGUGUUAAUAAACUAUAUUUUAGGAACACUUAAACGAAAGUCGCUAUUUUAAAAGCUAAUUUUAUAAAAUUGAAGUGAAGGUUGUCAGUUCAAAUCUAGAGUUUUGUAUAUUUCCAAAAUUUUAUUUUAUUUGUUUGCGUGUACAUAUGUAGUAUAAGUUUAAUCUGUAUCUAGUUUACUUAGGAUUUAAUUAUUAUUACUCUAGGUCUCACAAAAAAGAAUUUAUUUGUGCCUGGUUUCACU